UUAAAAUCUUAGUUUUUCCGAAAGAGGAAAUCUACAACAGAUCGAAAAAUAAAACCCUAACUCGAAACCCUAGAUUUUUAAUCGAGAGAGGGAGAGAUUUUUAAUAUCUCUCCUGAAUUAUUUUCAUAGGAAAGAUUCAAUACAAUGGCGAAUCAAAGUUGGAAAUUUUUGUUACUGGUUUGUGUUUUAUCAUCAUUAACUCUCUCUGUUCUUGCUGGGAAAAGUUAUUACGACAUACUACAAAUUGCAAAAGGUUCAACAGAAGAUCAAAUUAAAAGAGCGUAUAGGAAAUUAGCUUUGAAAUAUCAUCCUGAUAAAAAUCAAGGAAAUGAAGAAGCUAAUAAGAAAUUUGCUGAGAUUAAUAAUGCAUAUGAAGUAUUGAGUGAUCGUGAUAAGAGGAAUAUUUAUGAUAGAUAUGGUGAAGAGGGAUUAAAGCAACAUGCAGCUCAAGGUGGUGGUGGAAGAGGUGGAGGAAUGAAUAUGCAAGACAUUUUUAGCUCUUUCUUUGGUGGAGGUGAACCAGAAGAGGAGGACAAGGUUGUAAAAGGCGAUGAUGUGAUUGUUGAUUUGGAUGCUUCACUGGAAGACUUGUACAUGGGAGGCACUUUGAAGGUUUGGAGGGAGAAAAACGUCUUAAAGCCGGCACCUGGUAAGAGGCGCUGUAACUGUAGAAAUGAGGUCUAUCACAGGCAAAUAGGUCCUGGAAUGUUCCAACAGAUGACAGAGCAGGUUUGUGAGCAAUGUCCAAAUGUCAAAUAUGAAAGAGAGGGGUACUUCAUCACUGUUGAUAUCGAGAAAGGGAUGCAAGAUGGACAAGAGGUGUCAUUCUACGAGGACGGUGAGCCUAUCAUAGAUGGAGAAGCUGGAGAUUUGAAGUUUAAGAUCCGUACUGCUCCCCAUGACAUUUUUAAAAGGGAAGGAAAUGACCUCCAUACAACUGUUUCAAUAUCAUUGGUUCAAGCUCUUGUUGGUUUUGAAAAGAACAUCAAACAUCUUGAUGAGCAUUUAGUGAAAAUCGGCUCGAAGAAAAUUACUAAACCCAAGGAAGUGAGGAAGUUCAAAGGGGAAGGGAUGCCAUUGCAUAUCAGCUCAAAGAAGGGAGACUUAUACGUCACUUUUGAGGUUCUUUUCCCUUCAUCACUGACAGAAGAUCAGAAGACAAAGAUCAAAGAGGUGUUUGCAUAGAACUAAGAAUUAAUAUUAGUAGUUAUCUUAUUAGGAAGUUAAAAAAAAAACAGAGAGCUCUGAUUUUUGCUGAAUUUUUGGGGGCUAUAUUUAUAAGAAAAUGUUAUGAUGUAUUGUCACAAAUGCUUCAUCAAGUUUUAGAAUUUUUUCUGUUUGAAUUAAAAAAAAAAGUAUUUUAUAUCAAAAA